AUGUCUCAUGGUGUUAAUCGCUUCGAUUUCCUUACCAGAUUUGCGCAGUCGGUGGAUCAGGUACCUCAAUUUCAUAUAAAUUGCAAUAAAUGUUUUCAAAUUUAGUGCAUCCGACCUUACAGUUUAUUAGACAUCCCAAGAGGAUGGCAAUGGAAGUUGUAUUGGUUUAGUGUCCAUAUUCAUGUCGCCCUCACCUCCAUAUUGAUGGUUUUGGGGAUUUCUUGUUUCUGUACGGGUGUCCAACAGUCUUUUUUAUACGAAGAAAUAAACUGUGGAGAUGGGGUCAGCAUAACGGCACCUAUUGCCAACAUUGUAAGUGGUGAUUUCUUUCAUUGAAACCUUUCAGUUUGUGGUUUAUUACUCUCUUAUGGCCGUAAAACAACAAAACAAUUAUUGGAGUGUGUUUGAACAGUUUGUGAUUACAGUUGUCGUCUUUAUAUUAAACAUCUUCUUCUUGAUGGAUCAGUUGUUUAUGGGAAUUCGGUGGAGUCGGACCACAUCAAGAGAUGACCAGAACUGGCCCUUGCAUUUUAUGGUGGUCGACUUCUUACUUGUGACUGUUCUCUCUGCAAUUGGUGAGUUAAUCUGCGUUAUAUUGAUCUUCUGAUACUUAGAGAUAACCUGCGGCAUUGUCAUUGUAUUGUACACAUUAUUGAUUACAAAUUGGGCGUCUUGGCAACAAAGAGCCCAAAGGAAUAUUGCCUUGGCCAAUCAACGGAGGAGGUCGUAA